AUGCCUCGGGUGAGGCCAGAGGAACAUUUCGCCGACGAGACACUGGCGCAUGAAGACCAACUCAACACUACUAUUCCGGGUCACGAGAAACAGGCCGAGAUAGUCGAUAUACCGAUCCCCUUGCUGACAUGGCGCUCGUUCACAAUGGGUGUCUUUGUCUCGAUGGGAGGUUUUCUCUUCGGUUACGACACCGGUCAGAUCUCCGGUUUUCUGGAGAUGCCGGACUUCCUUCAGCGAUACGGACAGCAGCAUUCCGACGGAACAUACUAUUUCACUAACGCUCGCUCGGGUUUGAUUGUCGCUCUGCUGUCAGUCGGUACCUUGAUCGGGGCGCUCAUCGCGGCCCCUAUUGCCGACCGUAUCGGCCGAAAGUGGUCCAUUAGCGGGUGGAGCGCGAUGGUCUGCGUCGGCAUCACCGUGCAGAUAUCCUCCCCCACCGGAAAAUGGUACCAGGUCGCCAUGGGCCGCUGGGUAGCUGGCCUCGGCGUUGGUGCCCUGUCAUUGCUUGUUCCGAUGUACCAAGCCGAGACAGGACCCCGACACAUCCGCGGUUCACUAGUCAGCACAUACCAACUCUUCAUCACCCUGGGCAUAUUCGUAGCCAACUGCAUCAACUUCGGCACGGAGAAAAAGAACAGCACGGCCUCGUGGCGCAUCCCCAUGGGAAUAACCUACCUAUGGGCCAUCAUCCUGGGCGUCGGCAUCGCCAUGUUCCCCGAAAGCGCCCGCUACGACUACCGCAACGGGAAGGAAGAAAAAGCUGCCAACACCCUGGCCAAGAUGUACGGCAUCCCGCUGAACCACCGCAUGCUCAAGCUCGAGAUCGACGAGAUCCACCAGAAGUUCGAGGAAGAGAAAGAGCGCGGCCAGAUUACCUGGGCGCGCCUCUUCCGCGCCCCGCGGAUGGGAUACCGCGUCGCCGUCGGCGUCGCCCUUCAGGCCCUGCAGCAGCUCACCGGCGCGAAUUACUUCUUCUACUACGGCACCACCAUCUUUCAGGGCGCAGGCAUCCAGAAUAGCUACGUCACGCAGAUGAUCCUGGGAGGUGUCAACUUCGGAACCACCUUCCUGGGUCUCUACCUGAUCGAGAACUAUGGCCGUCGGCGCUCCCUCAUCGCUGGCGCUUUGUGGAUGUUCGUCUGCUUUAUGGUUUUCGCCUCCGUCGGCCACUUCUCGCUUAACCACCAGCACCCUGAAGAAACACACACCGCCGGCGUCGUCAUGGUCGUCUUCGCUUGUCUAUUCAUCCUUGGUUUCGCGAGUACAUGGGGUCCCAUGGUCUGGACCAUCAUCGCGGAGCUAUACCCGUCGCAGUACCGCGCCCGCGCCAUGUCUCUCGCUACCGCAUCGAACUGGCUCUGGAAUUUCCUUCUCGCGUUCUUCACCCCGUUCAUCACCAGCGCGAUCGAUUUCCGUCUUGGGUAUGUGUUCGCGGGCUGUUUGUUCCUCGCUGCCGGACUGGUCUAUGUGGCUGUCAUUGAGGGCCAGGGUCGUACCCUCGAGGAGAUCGAUACCAUGUAUGUUAUGAAAGUCAAGCCGUGGAAGAGCUCCAAGUUUGUCUUUCCCGAUAUUGCAGCGUAUGAUCGUCGAGGCUCCUCGGUGUCUGGGAAGCCAGAGGCCGCGCAUAUUGGGAGGUCUGGUAUGGGGAAUCAGACGGCAACUAGCUCGCAGGGUCCUGAGGCUGUGUGA